AUGGAGACUAGCAACGAGAACGAAGUGAAAACAAACUUGCAGAGUGUGAUUUUCGAAGUAGAAGAAAUCAGAAAGAAGCUGCGUAAGGUGAGAGAGGAUGCAGAUCAAAGAGGGAGAGAAGUUCCUGAAGAAAAGAGUCAAAUCAAAUGGAUGAAUUUUCGAGCAAAAAAAAAGCAAUGGGAGCUCGACCAACGACUGGAGAAGACCAUGAGAGAGAGGGAUGAGUUAGAAAUCGUGAAGAUAAAGAUACAUGGACAAAGGGAGGAGGUUGAACAGAAACUGGAAGAUGCAGCAACUACAAUAGUGACUAUGGGUGUGAUGAAAGCUAACAUAGAAAAAGCUGCUGCUGAGAUUAGCAAUAUCCGGGAGGAGAUGCUCAAAGUCCAGAGGAAGAUGGAGGAAAACAAGGAAGAAGUCAAAAAGUUCAUGGAUAAACUGAAUUCCAUGAAAGCUUGGGUUAGCAAAUGGAUAAUGACAGAACCUGCAAUCAAACAGACUUUCUCAGUGAAUACAUCUAAGUUUCAAGAACCCCAGAAAGAAACACACAAAGACACCCUCAAAGAUCCAACACCGGGAAUUGUAACAGACCAAGAAGGAGCAGAAGAUGAAAUUACAAAAGAUGCCAUGUCUUUGCAACAAUCUAUAACAUCUGAAGACCAGCAUCAAAGUGACAAAAUAAAAGACGAGGAGCAUAUGCAUCCAGAACACAAACAGAAACAGGAAUGCCAUUUUUUUGCAGUGGACAUUGAGGAAGAGCAAAAUGUUUUCUUACAGGUGCAAACUGAAAUACAUGAAGAAAUAUUAAUGGAUGAGAAUCAGACAGAGUUAGCAAUACAUUUAAGAGAAAAGGCCAAAGUGGAAAAGCAGAUAUUAAAACUUAAGGAGACAGAGGAGAAAAUAAAGGAGCAAAUGGAGUACGCCUUGGAGGACAUGCAGGAAAGAAAUGAAGAGAUUAAAAGGCUCGUUAUGGAAAUAAAUAACCUACAGAGCCAGAGACCAGAGACUGGUGGAAAGGUGGAGGAAGGAGUGACAGGACUGCUGAAAGAAACAGAACAAAAAUACAUUUUGAGGGUAAACACAAAUGUUUUUAAACAUGAAAUAUUUAAAUAUAUAGUGGAAAAAGAGGAGAAUGGCAGUGAGUUGAAGCAAGAGGUAACUGAUGAGUCUGACUUGAUGAGAAUGGAAUUUGAGGAGCAAAAGCAAAGCCAGGAGAUUGAUGAAGGUUGUUAUAAAAAGGACCCAGGGAGUGAUGAUAUACAAAGACUUAGGGCAGAGAUUUAUAAAACACAAGAAAUCAUAAGAUUAGUCGUACUAGAACUUGAAAACCAAGCUGAAGAAAGUAACAUCAACAAAGAUCAUAAGGAAGAAGAUGGUGAAGUUCAACGAUUGCUAGAAGACAUUAAACAAUUUCAAGAGCUUUUAAAAAUGGUAAAAACUGCAAUGAUGCAAAGUGAAAUGGAUCUGAAAGAAGAAAUGAACAACAUGAAAUGGAUGAAAAUUGGUGCGAAAAAACAGAGAAGAGAACUGAAUCAGAGGUUUGAAAAAACUUUGAGAGAGAGAGACGAAUUAGAUAUUUUAAGAAUAAAACUGCAGAAACUAACCGAAAUGACUGAGCAGAAGCUGGACAAAAUGGCAAAAGUUAAGAAAACCAUGGAGAAAAUGGCUGUUAAGACUAGAAUGAAAAGUGAAGACGUGGAGAUUACUAUAAAGCAGACCAAAGUAAAACAGAGACAGGUAGAGGACCUGAGCUGUAAGAUUGAGGCGACAAAACAAGCACUGGAAAACAGCUAUCUUUUCUUAUCCCAGGAAAGAGCUGGCUUUGAAAAAUUCAAGGCUGAAAUCAGGCAACUAAAGGACAGAAAAUCUGCCCUGGAAAAUACUGAGAGACAGAAUGGAAACAUAAGGAAACAUUUCAGAGAUGAAACAGAUACAGAAAGAGACCAAAUGGGCAAAGAAAUUGAGGGAAUGGAAAAUGAAAUCUUCAGACUCAGAUCAGAAAAUGAGAAACUGGAGGAGAACAUAAAAAUGAUAAAGGACAGUUUGGAUCAGAAAAAUGGAGAAAUUGAACAACUGAAAAGGGCAAUAAGUCAGCUAGUGAAACAGAAGACGGAAAGAAAAGAGAUUGAGAUUCAAGUAGAGAGCGAGAAUGUGAGAGUAGCAAGACAACAAGCUGAGGCAGAAAUACAUGAGAUGAACUAUUUAAGGGAGAAUACUGAAAGACAGAAAUGGGAGCUUGAUGACAAAGUGCACAUGACCAAAAAAGAGUUAAGAGAAAUGGAGCUGCUGAAGUUAGAGCUGGAAAUAAAGAAAAAAGAAAAUGAACAGAUGUUCAGAAAAAGUAUGAGAAAAAAGCAGGAGUGUGAAACAAUGUGGAAUGAAAUACAAAGAGAGAAGAAAAUACUGAGGAGGGAUACCAAAAAGAUAAGAAAUGAAUUAGACCAAAGACUGGAGAAAAUCACGAAAGAGAGGGAUGAGUUAGAAGUAUUGAGGAUAAAACUGCAGCGACAGAAGACAGAGCUGGCUGAUGAGAAGCAAAGUAUCAAAGACAGGGCUGUCCGAAGAGAACAUGAAAAACAAAGUCUGGAAAAAAAGGAAGUGGAAAGCAUCAGAGGGAAAGCUGAAAUGGUAAACCAAAGCUCAAAAGUCACCAAUUCAAUUACUGACCUUGAAAACAUGAGUCAAAAAAUGCAUGUAUAUUUAGAAAUAAUUAGGGGGGAAAUGGGAAUUCUGGAAAAUGUAAAUGCUCAGUUGGAGAAACAAGUAGAAGGGCUCAAAGCAUUGCAAGCUGAGAACAGGACCGUAAGAGACAAAAUGAGCAGAGUAAAAUCUCAGAUAAAGAUGGACUUGGAAAAAAUGACUAUACAAGUGAAAGCAGAGAGGGAUGAAAUUGUCCACAUCAGGGCCGAUAUCCAAAAACAAAAACAGGAGCUUGAAAUCAGACUGGAGAAAAUUAAAACCGAAAGAAGAGAGAUGGAAGUGUUGAAAUCUGAGUUGGAAAUCAAAAAAAGAGAAAAUCAACAAAUGCGAAAAGGCAUUCGAAAAGAGCAGGAAGUUAAAAAUAUGUGGGCUGAGGUCAAAGGAGAAAAAGCUGCCCUCAAGAGGGAGAAACAGAAGUGGGGGAAGGAGCUCGACCAGCGACUGCAAAGGAUCAUCAAAGAGAGGGAUGAACUAGAGAUCAUGAAACUGAAGCUGCAAAUAGAAGAAGGUGAGAGUAAAAGUGGAAUGAAAGAGAGGUUUCCAACUCAAACUCAAAAGCACUGGGAAAUAAUCCAGACAUGUAUGGAGAGAUUUAAAUUUAUGAAAAAACGCAGUGAAGAUUUGAAUGGAGCAAUUAAAGAUGAAAAACAACACAUGGAGGCUCAGGCAAAAAUCAUGACCCAGGCAAAAGAGGAAAUGGAAGAUCUCCAGAUGGAGAUUAAAAGAAAAAGGAAAUGA